GGUUUUGUAGUUUUUCAACAUUGACAUCAUCGAAAAAUCGAUUUAUCGCUUGGUCGUCGGUAUGCGUUUUGGCUGCAGUGUGUUACUUUGUUUUUGUGUCUGAACAUUAGAGCCUAGGCCUAGGUUUUCUUUAUUUUGUUUUUGGAAACAAUAUACAGCUCUAGAGUCAGAAUGGAUUAAAUUAUUGUCAUGAGUUACUGUACCUUCUUUGUUGGAGAUUUUCUUUCUAUGGGUUCAUUGAGAAGUUUAGCUGAGGAUGCAGCAAAUUUUGUUGGAAUAUUGAUUGCUCGGUGGUAAAUCCAAAUUGCAAUCAAGAUGCAAUCACCAAUAACGCUACCAAUCCGGCUCUUUCGACCGCAAAGUGAGGGAGACGGCCAAGAUGGUCUGCACCUUGUGAAUGGCAUCAGUGAGGAAAAUAGUAGCAAUCUUUCAAACAGUCGAGGUGGGAAUGAUGAAACCAAGGCCAGCCAGCUCAUCUCAGACUUAAAAUUAGCCAUUAAGAAACAGCAAAAUGGUCAUCACAAUGGAUGCAAUGGAAUUGCAGACUUGCACAUCGACGAGGAAUCUGAUAUCUCGCAAAAACUUGAAGAUAUGAAAUUACAAUCUAAUAGUCAUUUAAAUGGUCAUCAUGAAAUGAAUGGAGAUGACCACUAUAGAACUACAUCUUUACGAAAAUCCAAAAAUAAAAAGGACAGAAGAUCACAGAAGUUGGCGGACCUGCCUCCGCCUAAAGAGUCUUUGCUUUUGCGUUUAUUUGAAUCAAAACUUUUAGACAUGUCUAUAACCAUUACUCACCUAUACAAAUCCAAGGAACCAGGAGUACAAAGCUACAUAGGUAAUAAAUUAUUUUCGUUGCAAGAAUCAGACUUUGAUUUUUACUUAUCUCAAGUGUUGAAUAUGUACUGUUAUAUGACGGAGUUAGCAGAAUCCAUGCAUCCGUACCUAGUAUCACGAUGUAAAGCCAGCAUUGAUUUUUCAUUAGAGACAGCAUGGUUACUAGGGGCUUAUCUGGACCCAAACCUGGUCUCGAAAAAACAUUCACGCGCAACCAAAUUACGUAAACAAAUUUUAUCAGAGGAGCUUCGUUCAAAACACAGCAUCAGGAUUAAUGGGUUUUUGAAAAACGGGAUGACCUCUGUAGACUCUCCAAUGAAAAAGCCGAUGACCCACACCAGGUCAAGGUCAGAUGCAUCGCUAGCUAUGACAUGUAGUUUAGCCAAGUAUGCAAUCCCGACCAGUAAAUCAGAAUUAGCGUUGGGUGACUUGAGCUCCGGUAGAGCCUUCUGCAAUGGCUGUACAUGUUUUGAUAGCUCUACCAGUAUGCUUAAUGAAAUCACAGGAAGACAAAACUAUGAUGAAUGCCAAUGUGAGGCACCUAGACUGGCACCGAUGAUAGAGUUUGUUGAUGCAUUAAUGAACAUUGGAAAGCGAUUGCAAGGCUUGCCAACACGAGAUAUGCGAAUGUCACGUCUCUUCGCUGAAAUAUCCAUGUUGAACAUGAAUCUUCCAGCUAGGAUCUGGUUGCCAACUAACAUGGAUAUUCCCAACCAUCAUAUUGUCAGGAUUCCGCAAACAUGUGCUGUGGUACUCAAUUCCAAGGAUAAGGCGCCGUAUCUUAUAUAUGUGGAGGUACUUGAAUGCGAAAACAAACACACAUCGCCUGUACCGAAGAAGGUCUUAGAAAACACACUGAGAUAUACUCGAUCUGAGGAAAACCUGCACAAUUGCUACGAGAGUGAAUCAACCGUAUCACCAUGUGCUUUCUCCAUCUAUCACCUGAAUGAUAUUGACCAUGAUUGCUGGGCUCAAGACGAGGAUGAAAUACUUGCACAAUAUCAAUUUCCAAAGAAGAGCACCCCAAGCGAUACGAUAUCACAGUUGUCUCAUGAUAGUACAACAAGCGGAGACAGUAAAGAAUAUUACAUCGCUGCUGCUGAUGUCCGAAGACGACUCAGUGACUAUAUCACAAUGCCAACCACCACAUUCAAGCGAGACCCUGAUGAUCCUUCGGCGGCAGCUCUGAAAGAACCUUGGGAGGAAAAGGUUGAUAGGAUACGCGAAGCAUCACCAUAUGGCGUACUACCUAACUGGAAGCUGCUGUCGGUUAUCAUUAAAUGUGGCGAUGAUCUGCGACAAGAACUCCUAGCAUACCAGCUUCUUAAGCAACUUCAGACAAUUUGGGGCCAAGAGCGUGUUCCACUAUGGGUAAAGCCAUAUCGUAUCUUUGUGACAUCCGACAACAGUGGUAUGAUAGAGCCAGUACUAAAUGCAGUGUCAUUGCAUCAGAUCAAGAAGAACAGUAAGCUGUCGCUACUCAACUACUUUAUUCGAGAGUUUGGUGGCUUGAACACAGAGGAAUUCCUAAAUGCGCAAAGGAACUUUGUGCAGAGCUGUGCUGCAUAUUGUCUAAUCUGCUAUCUUAUCCAAGUAAAGGACAGACACAAUGGUAAUAUUCUCCUUGACAACGAAGGCCAUAUUCUUCAUAUUGACUUUGGUUUCAUUCUGACUGCAUCACCUCGCAACCUCGGAUUUGAGAGUUCCCACUUCAAGCUGACACCGGAAUUUGUAGAGGUGAUGGGAGGUCUUGGAAGUGAUAUGUUUGAAUAUUUCAAAAUUUUGAUGUUACAAGGAUUAAUAGCUGCAAGGAAGCACCAAGACAAGAUCAUACAGUUGGUAGAGAUCAUGCAGAUGGGAGUCGGUUCUCACCUACCAUGUUUCAAGCAAGGAUCAAGUACAGUGAAGCAACUGCGUGAUCGAUUCCAUAUGAACUUAACUGAGGAACAAUUACAAUUGUGGGUAGAGAACAUGGUUGAGUCGAGUAUGCAUUCAUUAACAACAAGACUUUAUGAUGGUUUUCAGUAUUUUACAAAUGGAAUCUUGUGAAGAAAUGAUUAAUUCCAGGCAAUCAUGUUUGCCGUUUGAAAUAAUGCAGAGUACUCGUUAGCGCAUAUAAACCAUCAGUUCCUUCAUUUGAAUGAUACUUUUUUAUCCUGUCAUGUGAAUGGACAAACAUGUCCAUCUGAAGUGUGAAUGGACCGCUUGCAAAGCGAGUAGGCAACUCUACUAAUUCACCAAACUCAAUUAGUAGACAACGCCGGUACUUGACAAAACUUAUCAUCAUGUUGUCUUUCUAAGGAGUCAGGUUUUAGUAAUCUCAAUGCAAUAUUGUAGAAAAUGGAAAGAAUUUGUCUAUUGUGCAGGAGAAAACAUAUACAAACCAGCAAACCAUGUGUAACCUGGAUGGACCAAAACCUUCAAGAAGUGGUUAUAAAAUUUUCAGUUCUUAAUUAAAUACUUGCCUUCUUACUCAAAGAGUACCAGUUUUGGGUUUUUUUUUUAUAUAUAUACAACAGACGUCAUCCCAAAGUAAAUAUAACAACUUGAACCAAAUUACCAUUUAAGACUUACAUUCUUGAUUUCUUUUUCUUUUAAUUAAUGGUUAUUUAUAAAUUUCUGAUUUGUAACGGUGAAAAUGUUGGCUUUGUAUUCUUUGGAUGAUUCAGUCAUAUCUGAAUUUUGAAUGAGUGUAUUCCAAUUAGAUUAACGCUUGCCUUUUGAGCUUUGUCAAAUAUUUCAAUUCUUAUGUGUUCUCUCCAGGUCGUUGAACUCAAAGGGAUAUGUUUUUUUUUUAUGUUUAACAAUGCAAGUGUGUAGUAUUCCUCUUCACACAAAAAAAUGUUUAUUAAUUAGCUAUAAGGAACAGAUAUAUGUAUUAAAAUUAACACGUUGACUGCCA